AGACACAGGCACACUCGGAGAGAGCGCGCAAGGCAGGGAAGCCUUCCCCUCCUUCUUUUCCGAGGCUGCACUUCUUGGAAGUGGAGCCGGCUUGGGUUUUGUUUCCUUCCCCCUCCCCCCUCUUCCUCCACCCCUUUCCCCUCCCCCUUCCCCAGCUGUCUUUCUAGCAUGAUGCCCUUUUUCAUCCACAUUUGUGUUUCAGGUGUAGAGAGGAGAGAGUGAGCAGGGCGCGGGGCUUUUGUCUGUUGAUCUCCCUGGACUGAAGAGAGGGAGAGGGAAAGCCCAAGACCAUUAAGAUUCUCAAAAUGGUUCACUUCACGGAACUCCUUGUCUGGGUCAGGCAAGAACCAUUUCCAGACAAGGAAAUGGAGGGAAGGCUUCCUAAGGGAAGCCUUCCUGUCCCAAAGGAGGUGAACCGCAAGAAGAAUGAGGAGACCGAGGCUGCCUCCCUGACUCCACUGGGAAGCAGUGAGCUCCGCACCCCAAGCAUCAGUUACCUCUACUCUUUUUAAUCGUAACACCUCCAUUUGUAUUACAUCUGGUGUAUGGGUAUUGAUGAGGUCAUGGUAUCAUAUAUGGGAUUUUUUUCUGUGUAAAUCAUCAAGUAUAAGAAGAAACUAUGGGACUCUGAGCCCUGCUUUAGAGAAUUUACAGUGGACAAAUAGGUAUCAUCAAACCAGUUUUUGAUCAUUCUGACUCAAGUGAAACCGCUCAGAAUUUCACACUGUGAAUCCACGUUUACAAUCCCUACAGGUGGGCCUUCAGGCCUGGUUCGCUACAACAAUGUCUUCCACAACUCCAACUCCCGCCGCGCUCAUAUGACCGGUCCACUCCUGCCUUUCAUUCUCACAGCUCCCGACUGCUUCUUGCAGAGGCUGAGAGUCCCCCCAUUUUUUUUUUCAUUUAGAUGUAACAAGCCUAGUAGCUUAUGUUCAUCAAUUGUCUGUAUAUCUCUAUAUUUUAUCCAUGUACUCUUUUUGAUGUAUAGAAGUAGUUUGAAACUCAUUGUUUCCUUGUGGUAAGUGACCGAGAUGCUGCCACAGGACCUGAGACACUGAUGAAUGGUGCUAUUUUGGACUUUCAACAUGCUCCUUGGCGAGGUAGCUCUGAUGGAGUUAUUUUUUAUUUCCAUGUUCUAAGAAGGUGUUGGUACUCUGUUUCCCUGAAUGUUACUCUCUAGACUGGAUUGACUUGUUUUCCUUGUGUCUUCAGUGUGGCUUUCUUCCUCAGUGUUGUAGGAUGAACAUGAAUGAAUGCUACCAAGAGUGGGAGAGACUGUCGUCUCGUUGGCUGGCACUCACGGACGUGCAGUCAGGGUAGCGGGAGCAAUCGCAAAACUGUAAUCUACUUACCAAAUCUCUUCCUUUCUGUAGCCUCGCCUGCCUGACCUAGAGAAAGAAAAGCAAUAAUUUAACAGGCAUUUUGAGGUGUCUCUUUGGAUUCUUUUUGCUUGACCAGAUAUUUGGGGGAAAAGGGCCCACUCUUUUUAAACAAAUACCCUGUAGAAAAAGCUCCCAAAUGCUGGCAUUUGAGUAGGGAAAAUGAAAAUUACACCUUUUCCAAAAAUUAAGUUGGAAAAGUAUCUUUACAAAAAUAAUAAUAAAAAUAAUAAUUAAGGCAGAGCACUUUAUGGGGCAGUUUUGACAAGCAAGGUAUAGAUUUUACAUUUUUGUCCUUGCUCCCAAUGAAGUGGAUAAAAAAAAAUAAACCAGAUAAUACCAUCUACUCAUGGAAUGUUGUUGUGUUAGCCAGUCUGAAAGCCCACCUUAAUUUUUAUAUAACUGUCUUUUAGCUCUUCCUUUGACAGGGCAGGUCUUGUUCUGAACUGUUCUGCUUCUGACUGUUAAACACCGGUGACGCAUGCGCUGCACUUCUUCUCUCUCGUUUCCCCAUGGGCCUGAGUUUCCUGUGCAUUCCUCCCAACCCCUUCCUUUCGUAGAAUAGGUAUAUCAGCUGUGUAAAUAGAGCAAGAAAACAGUAUUCUGCAUCUGUGGCAUUUAUGUAGAGUUGCAGUUGUGUGCUGCUGAAAGUGCAGGCUUUUGUAACAAUGUGAUCUUUACUGAUGCACUCAUAAGUACCCAAUGUAUUUUAGCUAUUUUAGUAGUAUUUGUUCAAUAAAUAUGCAAGUUGUAAGGUA